AACAAAUUUUAACUUUUGGAAGAGGGUUAUCAACUAACACCUGCGGUGUUUAUUUGAGUUCACAGAAGGUGUGGUUUGCAUGUUGCCACUGCCAACUAGUUUAGUUUCUAAUUAGUACUCACUGUCAACUAAUUUUGAUAAUGUCUACUUUUCAUGCCAGAAGUGUGUUUACCAAUUCCUGCUUAUCUACUCCCAGAAAAAAAGGUACUCUUCGGUAUCAAUCUCACUCAAAACCAGAAGAUCAGGCCAGUACAUCGCAUGUCCAUGCUAUUUCAAGGAAUGUAGAACAAGAAAUUAGUCCAAGCUCGAUAGAGGGAAACGAACGUUACAAUGACAACGCUGGCGGAAGGAAAGAGUAUGCUGCUUUGUUUUCCACUCUUCUUGAAAGCAAUGCACUGUUGUUGGAGGAAAUACGAGCUCUCAAACAUGAGCAACAAUCAGCACUGUAUGUACCUCAGAAUGAUACCUUCAUAGAAGAGGACCGACUCACUCAAAGUUUACCACCUCAGCUACCAAAUGACAUAUGGGUCACUCCCUCUACCCAGUCACCAUCUCUCAUCUCAAGGUCUGUCAUUUCGCAAGAAGAAGAUGAUGGGAGCACUUGGAAUGAAGUAGUUGAGGACAUUGAACCUACUGAUAUGAUACAUUCUGAAAGUGAAUACUCUGAGUCGACAGUAGUUUCUAGUAUGGAUUCAUUGAUAACUGACCCGUUUGCAUCGCCUGGUGCUCAGGCUGUACACUCUAUGUGGGACAACUUCUCUGUAGAUGACUACAGGUCUCUAGACAGUAUGGAGGUAAUAGAAAGCCCCAAAGGUGGAAAGAAGGAGUGGACUCCAAAGAUUACUGUACCCGAACCAUUUUCAAUGACAGUUAGGGAAUCACAAACACCAAAACAGAAGUCAAGAAGCCUAAAGAUGGCAGAGCAAGAACAUUUGAAAAAAACAGCUGAGGCAGAAGCAGAACUGAUGAAGAAAUUCCGUGCUUCACCUGUCCCAGCUUCCACUUUUCUCCCACUUUAUGAGCUAGUUAAUGCAAAGAAUGAGCAACGGAAAGAGGAAGUGAAACGGUUGAGCAAAGACUAUUUAAAGGCAACUGAGAGACCUUUUAGUUUUGCACAACGUGAGCAAGAGCUGCUGCAAAUCAAAAGAAGACAAGCAGCUCUCCUGAAACAGAUUGAGGACAAAGAGCGAAAAGAGAAUAUAUUCAAAGCAAAACCAGUCCCAAAGAAUUUGUUUAGUCCUGUGAGUAAGGAAUAUAUUCGUGAGCAAGAAGAGUAUCGAAAAAUACGAACACAAAUGCGAUCGGAAGAGUUGCUGGCCAGCUCUAAACUCCCUAAGUCUAUGAAACUACGUUGCCAGCCACAACAUGUAAGUAGGAAAGAAUCAGCCCAAAGAGAAGAGAGAGAUCAUCUAUUCCAUCCUAGCAUCAAUAGUACUGUACCCGACUACGAUCAAGCUUACUAUGAAUUUCAAAAGAAACUGGCUGCCAAAAGAAACACGAAACAGACCACCAUUACUGAGCCUUUCUUUUUUCAUACUAAACGCAAACAGCAAAUUGUUAAUGAUAUGCAACGAGAGAGCCAAAAGCUGCUUGUAAAUAGAUGGCAGUACGCAGCUCCUCAAGCUAAAGUAUCUCGCCAGUCCUCCAGGCACAAUCAGCCAAAACCAGCCCAAUCCAUUUAUCCUGCACAGAUGACACAGACAGCUUUAUUAAGACGGAGUCUUACUCAAGAGAAACUGACAAAUGUUUUACAAAAUGAGCUGCAAGAGCAGGAACAAAAUGCUAAGAGGAAAAGACAGGCUAGGGAGAUAAAAAAAAUAUAUUGCUGAGAAGUUGAUCCUACUGGUUGGCUUGAAGAGAAAAAGGAGCAGAAACUAAGAGAUUUUCAGAAACAAGAUAGAGAAAAACAAGAGAAGUACCAGCUCCAACUGAACGAAAUGCAAGAGCGAGUACAGUCUAGACCGCUACUGCAGGAGCAGGCAUCACUCUUGUCAGCGAGAACGUCAGCCGAGGCAAAGUGCAGAGUUACCCUCAAGAAAGCAGGACUAUCAGAACAAGACAUUUUAGCUUUAGAGCACCAAUAGGAAUCUUUUUGUUUUACUACUUGUAAGGAAUUUGACGUGUGUAUGAAUAACAUUGUGGCUA